CAGGAAAUAAAAUGGAGUAAAUUUUCAACAAUAAUUAGCUUAAUGAUAUUAAUAGUUCUUGGUGUGAAAACGAAAGGACAAGUUCCGGUUAAGAAAACCUGGUCGUAUGAACUAAAAUCAAUUAGUUCAGAAACUUCAGAUGCAGAAAAACUUAAAGUUGAUUUAGAAAUUCAAAGAAUUGCGCGUGGUGUCUUUGCUAUUUCCGGUAAGCUUUUCUUUAACGUUGACGUUGUUGAAGGUGAUUCUAAUAUGAUUGCAGCUAAAUCGUUUCGCAGUCCACAAGGUGAUAAUGACUAUAAAGUUUUACCCUUUCAAAUGCCUGCUACACAUCUUUAUAAAGUUCUUAAUACCCAUUAUAAAGAUGUUUUAAUGGAAACUUUAAAGGAAUGUUCUGAUUUUCCGGUUUUCGAGAAUACAUUCGAGCCACCUAUGGAAAAGAAAUUAUAUACUUUAGAUUCAUGUCAGUUCUCCCAGGAUGGAUUGCCCAAUCAUUUACAAGAUGGUUUCUAUAAAUUGUUAAUUAUUGGCUCCGGUGAAGUUGACUGGAAUGUUGAGGUAAUUGCUGAAGUAACUCAGGAAUUGUGAAGAAAAUCUAAAGCUAAUAGUAAAAUAAAUUUUAAUAUUAGAAACGCUUCGUACUAAAUUGAUACCAAAGUGUUAAUAAUUUUUCAAUAACAUCUGUUGUUAAUGUAUUUAUGGAUAGUUGUCAAAUCAAAAACUUAUAAAAAUAUAAAAAAUAAACGAUAUUAUCAAAUCAAC